UUUUUAAAACUUUUUUUCUAAUUCUUAGCAGACUUAGAUAAAAAAAGGCAUGUAGAGCUGAAGAUGGACCAAGCGUUGCUGCUCAUCCAUAACGAACUACAUGGAACAAACCUGACUGUCUACUGGAAUUCUGAACGCUGUUAUCAUUGCUCAUUUCAGGUUCUAGUAAAUGUUUCCUGGAGUGGAAAACCUGGGAAGCCUAGCACUGCGGCGGUUGCUGUGAGCACCCAGCAUGGAUCUAUCCUGCAACUUAAUGACACUGUGGAAGAGAAGGAAGUUUGUAGGCUGGAAUAUAAAUUUGGAGAAUUUGGAAACUAUUCACUCUUGGUAAAGCACGUCCAUAAUGGAGUCAAUGAAAUUGCUUGUGACGUAGUUGUCAAUAAGAAUCCAAUUGACAGUAACCUUCCUGUGUGUGUCGCUUUCCUUAUUGGUGUGGCAAUCAUCAUUGCAGUCUCAUUUCUCAGGUUUUUACUGAGUUUGGAUGACUUUCAUAAUUGGAUUUCUAAAGCAAUAAAUUCACGGGAAACUGAUCGCCUGAUCAAUUCUGAGCUGGGGUCUCCAAGCAGGGCAGACUCACUCGGUGGCGAUACUCAACCAGGAGGAUGGUGUCCACCUGCCUCACCUCCGCGCCUCCGCUGUGUAGACACAUUCAGGGGGAUAGCUCUCAUCCUUAUGGUCUUCGUUAAUUAUGGAGGAGGAAAAUAUUGGUACUUCAAACACUCAAGUUGGAAUGGACUGACGGUGGCCGACCUUGUAUUCCCAUGGUUUGUAUUUAUUAUGGGAUCUUCGAUUUUUCUGUCAAUGACUUCCAUAUUGCAGCGAGGAUGUUCAAAACUCAAAUUGAUGGGGAAAAUUGGAUGGAGGAGUUUCUUGUUAAUCUGUAUAGGAAUGUUCAUUGUGAACCCCAAUUACUGCCUUGGUCCAUUGUCUUGGGAUAAGGUGCGAAUCCCUGGUGUGCUCCAGCGGCUGGGGGUGACCUACUUUGUGGUUGCCGUGUUAGAGCUCAUCUUUGCCAAACCUGUGCCUGAAAGCUGUGCCUCGGAGAGAAGCUGCUUUUCCCUUCGAGACAUCAUCUUCAGCUGGCCCCAGUGGCUCUUCAUUCUGAUGCUGGAAAGCAUUUGGCUGGGCUUGACAUUCUUCUUGCCUGUUCCUGGAUGUCCUACUGGUUAUCUUGGACCUGGUGGCAUUGGAGAUUUGGGGAAGUAUCCAAAUUGUACUGGAGGAGCUGCUGGCUACAUUGACCGCUUGCUUCUGGGCGAUGACCACAUUUACCAGCAUCCUUCUUCAGCCGUGCUUUAUCACACCGAGGUGGCCUACGAUCCAGAGGGAAUCUUAGGGACCAUCAACUCCAUUGUGAUGGCAUUUUUAGGAGUUCAGGCAGGAAAAAUACUCUUGUAUUACAAGGACCAGACCAAAGACAUACUGAUCAGAUUCACUGCCUGGUGUUGUUUUCUAGGGCUUAUUUCUAUUGCUUUGACGAAAAUUUCUGAAAAUGAAGGCUUUAUUCCAAUAAACAAAAAUCUGUGGUCCAUUUCCUAUGUCACCACACUGAGCUCCUUUGCCUUCUUCAUCCUGCUUAUCCUGUACCCUAUUGUGGACGUGAAGGGACUGUGGACAGGGACCCCGUUCUUCUACCCAGGAAUGAAUUCUAUUCUGGUGUACGUUGGCCACGAGGUGUUUGAGAACUACUUCCCCUUCCAGUGGAAGCUGGGGGACAACCAGUCACACAAAGAGCAUCUAACUCAGAACAUAGUCGCCUCUGCACUUUGGGUGCUCAUUGCCUACAUUCUCUAUAAAAAGAAGGUUUUUUGGAAAAUCUGACAGCUCCCACCCAGAUGUGUUGCUGGCAGACUCUAGUGGGCCUGGGGGAUGUGUUGAAGCAGCCUUUAUUAGAGGGAACCAUUAAUUAAAAAUCGAUAGGACGUGUGUUUCCAGAUGAUGGGGAAGAACCCGAUGUACUCUGGCUGGUUUACUGUGACACAGCUGUUCAUCAGAACCCUGCCUGGAUAUUUGGGACUUCUGUAUUUGCAAUGGAGUUGUCUUUUUUUCUCCAUCUUCUAUGUAAAUGUAUUUAGAACCUCAUUCUGAGGAUUUCUCAUAUAACUUUCCAACAGGGAAUUACCGUGGGCAUUUUGCGUCUGUGACGGAUAAAACAACGUAAAGUCUAAUUUGUAUUGACCUUGUUUUCCUGCAAACGGCCUUUCCACAUGCACACGUGCCAACCAAGAAUACCAUCAUUUCUGUUGCCGCUGACUGUGAGGCUUAUCGAAUAUGAGGUGUAGUAAUGUAGCCUAAUAUUUUCUGGUUAAGUGCACUUUAAUAUUUCAAGAGAGAGUAAUUUCCUUUUCAGAUCUGCAAGGCAUUGCUGGGUCCAAAAAAUGCCUUUCUAUCAGAAGCCAUUCUCUCCUGUUCCCCACUUGAAAAAGAAGUUAAAAUAUAAGUGUGUUAUUCCCAGUCA